AUGGAAAUCUUAGCAGAAGACGACUCUGCUGUCUGUGAAAUGCUGGGUAGCCCUGAGUUUCCCUUGCUGUCUAAGUCUGGAGAUAUCAUUAUUGGAGGAGCUUUUUCCGUGCACUCUCAAAUAGUAGCGUCUUCAUUCUCCUUGAGUGAUGCUCCAGAUCCUCUGAUUUGCACCAGAUUGAACUUCAGAGAAUUCCGUUUUGCUCAGACAAUGAUUUUUGCCAUUGAGGAGAUCAACAAAAGUAGCUCUUUACUGCCGAACAUCUCAGUUGGUUAUAAAAUAUUUGACAGCUGUGGUUCAACACUUCCUUCAACACGUGCAGCCAUGGGUCUCAUUAAUGGACAGGAAAGAAGUUUUGGAAAAACCUGCUCUGGUCACUCAACUGUUCAUGUUAUCGUUGGAACAUCUGAGUCCUCUUCAACCCUCGUCUUGUCACAAAUUGCUGGAAUUUUCCAAAUACCAGUGAUCAGCCACUUUUCCACAUGUGCAUGUCUCAGUAACAGAAAGGAGCACCCCUCCUUCUUCAGAACCAUCCCCAGUGACUACUAUCAGAGCAGGGCACUGGCUCAGCUGGUAAAGUACUUUGGAUGGACAUGGGUCGGUGCAGUCAGAAGUGACAAUGACUAUGGCAAUAAUGGAAUGGCAACAUUCAUUGAAGCUGCAACCAAGGAGGGGAUUUGUGUUGAAUACUCUGAGGCCAUAGCAAGAACUGCUUCCAAAGAGCAAGUUGAGAGGGUGGUCAGAGUAAUCAGUAGAGGCACUGCAAGAGUUUUAAUUGCCUUUCUGUCAUAUGAUGAGAUGGAUGCUUUACUUGAGGCAGCUUUGAGUCAGAACCUCACUGGGUUACAGUGGGUGGGAAGUGAAUCCUGGAUCACUGCUCAUCAUUUGGCUACUAUGAAAUACUCAGGUAUUCUUUAUGGGUCCAUAGGCUUUGCCAUAAAGAAGGCAAAAAUAGCAGGUUUGCAGGAUUUUCUUUUACAGGUUCACCCAAGUCAGGACCCUCAGAACCACAUACUGAAGGAGUUCUGGGAAGAAACCUUUGGCUGCAGUUUUCAGUCAGGUUUGCAAGACACAAAGCAGUGCUCUGGAUCUGAGAGACUACGUGACAUUAAAAAUCCUUUCACAGAUGUGUCAGAGCUGCGAAUAUCCAAUAAUGUAUACAAAGCUGUAUAUGCUGUAGCUCAUGCAAUGCACAGCAUGUUAAAAUGUGGAGAAAACAGUGAAACAGUCAACGCGUCAUGUACCUUGAAAAGCAUUUUACAGCCUAAAGAAGUGGUGAAACACAUCCAGGAUGUGAAUUUUUCUCUUGAGUCAGGAGAGAAAGUGUAUUUUGAUGAAAGAGGAGAUCCUGCAGCAACCUAUCAGCUGGUGAACUGGCAAAGGAACCCAGCAGGAGACAUUGUGUUUGUGGUUGUUGGAAGUUAUGAUGCUUCACUACAAAACGGAAAAGAAUUUACCAUGAAUGGACUUAACAUUACAUGGGUUACAGAAUCCUUUGAGAGGCCAGUUUCUGUCUGCAGUGAGAGCUGUCCACCUGGUUUCCGACAGGCUAUAAUUAAAGGAAAACCCAUCUGCUGCUUCUCCUGCAUCACCUGUGCUGCUGGAGAGAUCAGUAACUGCACCAAUUCUGCAGAGUGUUCUCCGUGUCCACUGGAGUACUGGUCAAAUGAAGAUCAUAACAAGUGUGUUCCAAAGGUCCUUGAGUUCCUAUCUUAUGAAGAGACAAUGGGCACCCUCCUCACUGCUUUCUCUUUGUUUGGAGCGGGUCUAACGCUUGUUGUGUCUUUUGUCUUCUUUUGGUUCCGUCACACACCUCUGGUCAAAGCCAGUAACUCUGAGCUGAGCUUCCUCUUGCUAUUCUCCUUGACUUUGUGUUUCUUGUGUUCUCUGACCUUCAUUGGCCGGCCCACUGACUGGUCCUGCAUGCUUCGCCAUGUAGCAUUUGGCAUAGCCUUUGCCUUGUGUAUUUCAUGUAUUCUGACUAAAACUAUUACAGUAGUGAUAGCCUUUAAAGCAAGAACACCAGCCAACACAGUUCCUCAGUGUUUGGCUUCACAUCAGAGAAUGGGUGUUGUUGGAGGUACUUUUCUGCAGGUGUUGGUUUGUGUUGUAUGGUUAGCUCUGGCUCCACCAUUUCCACACAAAAUUACAAUGUAUGCAGCUGAAAGGAUUAUUCUAGAAUGUAACUUAGGUUCAUCUAUCGGGUUUUGGGUUGUGUUAGGGUAUAUCGGACUUCUGGCGGUGUUAUGUCUGAUCCUUGCCUUUUUAGCCCGAAAGCUGCCUGACAAUUUUAAUGAAGCAAAAUUCAUCACAUUCAGCAUGUUGAUAUUCAGUGCAGUCUGGGUCACAUUUAUCCCAGCAUAUGUGAGUUCUCCUGGAAAAUUCACUGUAGCUGUAGAAAUCUUUGCAAUUCUGGCCUCAAGCUUUGGAUUGCUUUUCUGUAUAUUUGCUCCCAAAUGUUACAUUUUACUUCUAAAGCCAGAGAGGAAUACUAAAAAUCACAUAAUGGGGAGAGAUCUGCAAAAAAAACAAUUAAGUGAAAAUGAUAAGUAA